UCUCUCUCUCUCUCUCUCUCUCACACACUACUCUUUUUGUUUGCCUCUCCUCAACUCUGUCUGGGCUUGUUCUCUUCGCUCUAUGUUUCUUCUACAGUGAUAAUGGCGAAGAAUAAUGCCAUCGACAACGUUCCUCUGUCGCGAUUCGACGUUCUCGUCGCCCAGCUUGAGUCGAUUGUGGCGUCAGCUUCACAGAAAAACCCUGACCCUCUCCUCUGUUUCGAGAUCCUUUCUGAUCUUAUUUCCGCCAUCGAUGAAGAGCCCAAGGAGUCUUUGUUAGUCACCCAAAGAAAAUGCGAAGAUUCCUUGUAUUCUCUGGUUACUCUAGGUGCUCGAAGACCAGUACGUCAUCUUGCGUCUGUGGCUAUGGCGAAAAUAAUUUCAAGUGGUGAUAGUAUUUCGAUAUACUCUAGAGCUAGCUGUUUACAAGGGUUUCUUUCCGAUGGGAAGAAGAGUGAUCCUCAGCGAGUUGCAGGUGCUGCCCAAUGCUUGGGAGAGCUGUAUCGUCAUUUUGGGAGAAAAAUUACGUCUGGCUUGUUCGAAACAACAGUUAUUGUAACAAAACUAGUGAAGUUUAAUGAGGAUUUUGUGAGACAAGAAGCCUUUAUCUUGCUUCAAAGUGCUUUGGAAGGCUGCGGUGGUACAGCUGCUGCCACUGCAUACUCAGAAGCAUACCGUCUCAUCACAAGAUUUUCCACUUCGGACAAAUCAUUCGUUGUGAGAAUUGCUGUUGCUCGUUGUUUGAAGGCUUUUUCCAACAUUGGGGGACCAGGUCUUGGUACUAGCGAAUUUGAUACUUUAGCCUCUUACUGUGUCAAGGGUAUUGAAGAUCCAGAAUCAUCUGUCCGAGAUGCAUUUGCGGAGGCUUUGGGCUCAUUGCUUGCACUAGGAAUGCAUCCUGAAGUGCAUGUCCAACCUAGAGGUAAAGGUCCAUUUCCACCAGCAAAGAAACUGGAAGGUGGUCUGCAGAGGCAUUUAAUUUUGCCCUUCACAAAAGCGAUUGGAUCUCGGGCAAAGAAUACACGGUUCGGUUUGGCUCUGUCAUGGGUGUUCUUUUUACAGGCCAACAGGAUAAGGUAUUUGGAUUCAGAUAGUGAGCUUCAAGACUAUUCUUUGCACGUCAUGGACAUGUUGCGGGGUGGCUCCUCAAUUGAUGCCCAUGCACUUGCAUGUGUUCUUUACAUCCUACGGGUUGGCGUAAUUGAUCAAAUGAUGGAACCAAGCCAGAGAAGCUUUUCCGUGUUUCUCGGAAAGCAGCUUCAGUCUUCAAAUGCUGGUCCAUCAAUGAAAAUAGUUGCUUUGCGGGCUUUGUCAUUCACGCUGAAAACAUUGGGAGAGGUUCCCCAUGAAUUCAAGGAUUUUUUCGAUGAUACAGUGGGUGCAGCAUUAUCACAUUUUUUGGACCUUGUACGUGUUGAGGCCGCUUUAACUUUACGUGCUUUGGCUGAGGUUGAUCCUACGUGCGUUGGUGGGUUGACAUCUUUUGCUGUAACCACUCUUAAUGCUUUACGGGAAAGUUUAUCUUUUGAAAAGGGAGAAAAAUUGAAAACUGAUCUUGCUUCUUUGCAUGGGCAAGCAGCAACGUUGGCAGCUCUAGUCUCCAUUUCUCCUGGACUAUCCCUUGGUUAUCCUGCUAGAUUGCCAAAGUCGGUGCUUGAAGUUUCAAAGAAGAUGCUAACAGAAUCAAGGAGAAAUGUUACAGUUGCCUCAAGUGAAAAGGAAGCAGGAUGGUUAUUGCUAUCAUCAUUAUUAAAUUCUAUGCCAAAAGAGGAGUUCGGGGACCAAGAUUUUGAUAUUCUAAUCUUGUGGACUGACGUCUUUACUGGAAAUCCAGAAAACUUGAUCAAACAACAGGGAGACUUAAAAUCUACGUUAAGUGUGUGGUCUGCUGCAAUUGACGCACUCACAGCUUUUGUACGACGUUUUGUAUCUUGUAAUGAUGGUAUCCUGCUCCAACCUGUACUGGCAAACCUCCGUAGCGCUUUGUCUAGUGUAUCGACAAUGGCCAAUAAACGGUUUUCUGAUGUCAAAACUUUCGUCGACAUACUCAUCAUAAGAAUAUUGAUAGCUUAUCAGUCUAUCCCAGAACCCUUGGCCUAUAAAAGUGAGCAUCAACAAAUUAUUCAGCUAUGCACAACACCAUAUAGGGAACCUUCUGGAUGUGAGGAAAGCUCGUGCUUGAAGGCGCUCCUUGACAAAAGAGAUGCAUGGCUUGGUCCUUGGAUUCCUGGCAGGGAUUGGUUUGAAGAUGAGCUUCGCUAUUUUCAAGGUGGGGAAAAUGGUCUAGCACCAAGUGUAUGGGAAAGUAAAGUUUCUAGUUUCCCGCUGCCAGAGACUGUGAAAAAGACAUUGGUGAAUCAGAUGGUUCUCUGCUUUGGUAUCAUCUUUGCUUCUCAGGAUAGCCAAGGGAUGCUCUCACUUCUUUCGGUCAUACAACAGUGUAUGAAAGCUGGAAAGAAGCAACAUUGGCGUACAGCCAGUUUGACUAACAUUUGUGUUGGACUACUUGCCGGUUUAAAGGCUUUGCAUGCUCUACGUCCCCAGCAACUAACAACGGAAGUAUUAAGCUCAGGGCAAGCCAUUUUUCAGAAUAUUUUAACAGAGGGAGACAUUUGUGCGUCGCAACGCAGGGCAGCAUGUGAGGGUCUAGGUCUUCUAGCUCGUCUUGGAAAUGACAUCUUUACAGCAAGAAUGACCAGAGGGCUUCUUGGCGACCUAAGUGGAAUAACAGAUCCAAACUAUGGUGGAUCAAUUGCUCUUGCACUUGGUUGCAUUCAUCACAGUGCAGGAGGAAUGGCAUUGUCGUCCUUAGUACCUGCUACUGUUAGUUCAGUCUCAUCUCUGGCCAGAACUUCUGUUCUUGGUCUUAAGAUCUGGGCCCUGCAUGGGCUUCUUUUGACCAUUGAAGCUGCUGGUUUAUCAUUCGUAUCUCAUGUUCAGGCAGCAUUAGGACUUGCCUUGGACAUUUUGUUGACUGAAGAAAGUGGAUGGAUCGACCUUUCUCAAGGCAUUGGACGCCUUAUUAACGCUAUUGUUGCUGUCCUUGGUCCUGAGCUGUCUCCUGGAAGUAUUCUGUUUUCACGCUGCAAGUCUGUUAUCGCAGAGAUUAGUUCUUGGCAAGAAAUUCCAACACUACUUGAGAGCGUCUGUUUUACCCAGCAGCUUAUUCUUUUUGCUCCACAAGCAGUUUCAGUACAUUUACAUGUGACGAAUCUUCUAAUGACGCUGGCAUCAAGACAGCCGAUAAUUAGACGUCUAUCUGUGUCAACUCUUCGGCAUUUGAUUGAGAAGGACCCGGUUUCUGUCAUUGACGAGCAGAUAGAGGACAACUUAUUUCAGAUGUUGGAUGAAGAAACUGAUUCGGAGAUUGGGAAUCUGAUCCGAAGUACCUUGAUACGCCUGCUUUAUGCAACAUGCCCAUCACGCCCAUCUCGAUGGAUGUCAAUAUGCCGGAACAUGGCCCUUGCAGCAUCCGCUGGAAGGAGUGCUGAAACGAACAUCGCAGAAAGCGAUCCUGCUAACACAAGAGAGAAGAUUGGAGAUGAUGAUGAAGACAUGGUUUCUAGCUCUACUGGGAAAUCUAGACGUGCCAAUCCUGAUAAAGACAAAACCUUGAGAUAUCGAACCAGAGUUUUUGCAGCUGAGUGUUUGAGUCUUUUGCCAGAGGCUGUAGGAAAUGAUGCUGCUCAUUUUGAUAUUUUAUUGGCGAGGAAACUUGCUGCCGAUAGACAAAGCUCAGGUGACUGGUUAGUCCUUCAACUACAAGAGCUGAUAUCUCUUGCUUAUCAGAUAAGCACUAUUCAGUUUGAAAACAUGAGGCCAAUUGGAGUUGGACUUCUUAGUACUAUUCUUGAAAAGUUUAAAUUGGUAGCCGACCCUGAACUUCCUGGACAUCUUCUUCUGGAACAAUAUCAGGCUCAACUUGUGUCUGCUGUUCGUACUGCCUUGGAUGCAAAUUCUGGCCCUGCUCUUCUGGAAGCUGGGUUACAAUUGGCCACAAAGAUAAUGACCAGUGGAAUAAUAAGCAGUGAUCAAGUUGCAGUCAAACGCAUAUUUUCUCUGCUUUCACGUCCACUCACUGACUUCAACGAAUUAUAUUAUCCUUCGUUUGCUGAAUGGGUCACAAGCAAGAUCAAGAUCAGGCUUCUUGCUGCACAUGCCUCGCUUAAGUGUUAUAUAUUUACGUUCUUGAGGAAACACCAUGGUGAGGUGCCAGUAGAAUUUGAAGCACUGUUGCCAUUGUUUUCCAAGAGUUCGGAUCUGCUCGGGAGGUACUGGAUUCAGGUCCUAAGGGGCUACAGUUAUGGUUGCUUAUGUCAGAAUCUGGAAAGAAGUCAGUGCUCAUUCUUAGACGAAAUCCCGCCACAUACUGUGUCGAGAAGGCUACAGCCUUGUCUGGAAGAGGCAUGGCCUGUCAUCCUGCAAGCUUUAGUCCUGGAUGCUAUGCCUGUUUAUCAUAGUGUGGAAGAAUUUUCUGAUAGCUCCUUAAUAUCUAGAUAUCGCAUGGUUACUUUAGAGGUUGAAGAUUAUCAGUUUCUAUGGGGCUUUGCUGUACUUGUCUUAUUUCAGGGGAUGCAUCCAGCCUCUAAUACGCAAGUAAUACCUUUUAGCUCAGCUAAAAUCAAAUGUAGUGGAGACUCCACCAUCAAUGAAUCUUCAUUCCAAGGCCUAGAGUUAUAUGAAAUUGUAUUACCAAUUUUCCAGUCUCUUUCUGCUGAAAGAUUUUUCACCAGUGGCUUUGUCAGCGUAGAUCUCUGCCAAGAACUUUUGCAGGUUUUCUCGUAUUCUUUUCAUAUGGACAGUUCCUGGGAUAUUCUUGCAGUAUCAGUAGUGCAAGAGAUUUCACAAAACUGUCCAAAAGAUUUUCUUGAAAGUGAGCAGUUUGCCUAUUCGACCAUUGAACUCUGUCUGGGGUACCUUUUCAAAAUUCUCCACAGGCAUAAUGAAAUUUCACCAGAUGAUGACAUUUGGGAUAAUUUGCUUUCUCCUUUAUUUAUCUCCAUAAAGACUCUUGGCUACAAGUGCAUCCGGGAAGUCCCCACUGACGCAUACCUAUCAAUAGCUCUUGAGAUUGUGAAGUCCACCAAUGAGUUAUUGCUUAAGCUUACCAGAGCCUCAUCACAAAAACCUUCAACUGAUGACACUAAUUUUGCUGCCGAUAGUAGUGUUCAUAUAAGAGCAAUUUUUGGUGCUUGUCUGCACAUGGUUGAUGAUCUGACUAAAGAUUGUAUCAAUGGUAUCCAUCUUGUGGACAACAAGAGAUCAGGGUUACGCAAGCUUCUUCAGUUGAAGCUUGUAUUCUGUCUGGAACAACUUUUCUCACUGGCUAAGCUUGCCUACGAGUUUGACUGUCCAGUAGAUGAAACUAAUACCAAUUCUAUCUGUAUUGCCAUGUUGAAGAGUUGCCAAAUUAGUAUAGCAGCAGUAAUGAAAGAUUCUAAUGUUCAGGUUCAAGCUACUGUUUUACAAGUGCUAAAAAGCUUGGUUCAGCGUUACAAAAACCCAGAGGAGAAAAGUUUUGCGGUCUUCUUUGUCGGCGAACUUAUUGGAGAUAUUGUCAGUCUAAUGCAGAGGGCGCUUCUGAAACCUAUGAAUAAGGAAUCAGUGAUCAUAGCUGGUGAAUGCUUGCGGUUCAUAAUGCUACUUCAGACACACUCAAUUACUGAUGAAGAUAUCAUCCGUGCUUCCGUCUCUAAAGAUAGUGCCCUUCCAAAGCCAAAAUCCUUGGUUCCACCCAUGGAUAUCAGAUUACCAGCACCUAUGGUAGCAACACCUGAAAAAGUUACCUCUACUGCUGAUAUGGUUAAAGCAGAAGUAUUGCCCACUGUGCCAACAUCAUUCAAUCAGGUUAGCACAAUAGAAAGUGGAAUUGACGAAGAAAAUGACGAGGAGUAUGAAGAAGAAGAUGAUGAUGAUGAUGAUGAUGAUUGGGACACUUUCCAGUCUUUUCCUGCUUCCACAAAUCUUGAAGGGCCAGAGUCUAAGACAGAAAGUGUUGCUGAAGAGGAGCCAGAUCUUCCUGGGAGUUCUUCUAUACAUGAUAAUGAAUCAAAUACUUUAGUACUAGCAGAAGAAGCUGAUGAUCAAAAUCUUGCAUCUGACCACCAUGCCACAGACACCACAAGAGAAGAUUCAAAUGACAAAAGCAAAGAGGUUGAAGAGGAAACAGUAGAGCCAUGUUUUACGACAAGAGAAGACUCGGUUGACAAAAGCAACGCGGUUGAAGAGGAAACAGUGGAGUCAUGUUUCACGACAAGAGAAGACUCGGUUGACAAAAGCAAAGAGGUUGAAGAGGAAACAGUAGAGCCAUGUCUCAUAGAAGAAGCUCUUACAAGCCAGAAUGACAAAACCUUAUCUGAUGAACAUCCUCUUGAAAUGAAGGAACAAUCAGUUGAAAGUAAGAAUUUGGAAUCAGAAAAUAUUGGAACUGAUAUCAAACUUGCUUCAACUGAGAUAGAUUCACCAGCACCAGAUGAUGAUCAUGAACCGCAACAAACUCAAACGUCACUCGAGGAUGAAUCUAGCAAGGAACAUGUUGGGGCAGAUGUUAUCGUAACGGAACAGACAAUGGCUGAAAAUAAGAGCGAGGAGGAUUAAAUAUGUUAGGAGACUGGUGAUACAAAAUUUUACUGUAAACAUUUUUAUGAUUCAUUUGUGUUUGUCUUUAUGCGUCAUUUCAGUUGCUGUGAAUGCGCUCUGGUUUGGGGAUAAACCUUGAAAUUGGUUUAUUACAUUGUUUGGUUUUUCUACUGUGAUUUCUUGUAAAAAAAACUCCUCUCAAUCUCUGCGCAAGUGCUAAUUAGCGACAGUGUAGAGAAUAUAUAAGUAAACAUGUAUUUUACUA